AUGUCCUGCUUGCGAAGGCAGCCGGUCACCAUUCCCAUGGACACGGUGAAGAUCAUCCAGUCGGAGAAGUUUCCGAGGGACUGCCCAGUCCCCGUGACUCAGCCGCGCUUCGCCCCCCCGCCGCGCAUGGCGUGGGACGGGGGGGGCGAAGGGGAGGUCAUCGUCAACCAGGCCUGCAACGACCUCUCCCUGGAGGUCACGGGCAACGGCGUGGCCCCCCCCAGGCCGCUGGUGUCCCCCCCGGCCCCGAUUCUGCGGCGGGAGCAGAGCUACCUGUCGCAGCGUAAACCCAGCGCCGCCGACAUCUGCUACCACCAGUUCCACUACAAGAUGGAAGACGUCAUCGUCAACCAGUACGUGCUGAGGUCUUCGUCCACCUCCUCCUCUUCCUCGUCCACGUCCUCGGGCCCGGUGAUGCCGUGCGAGCCGCUGGACUGCCCCACCUGCGGCCACACCUACAACUUCGCGAGCAAGCGUCCGCGCAUCCUCUCCUGCCUGCACUCGGUCUGCGAGGAGUGCCUGCAGAUCCUGUACGAGUCCUGUCCCAAGUACAAGUUCAUCUCCUGCCCCACGUGUCGCCGCGAGACCGUGCUCUUCACCGACUACGGCCUGGCCGCGCUCGCCAUCAACACCAGCAUCCUCAGCCGGCUGCCCUCCGACCCCACCGGCGCCGUGCAGUGGGGGGGGGACGCCGACCGCAGCUGCUACCAGACGGUGAGGCAGUACUGCCAGUCGGCGUGCACCUGCCACAUCAUGAACCCCCUGUCCUCCUGCGGAAUCAUGUGA